GUUGCAUUGUUGGAUCAACCUUAAACCAAAAAGAUUGUAAGAUUGAAACUUACGAUGAUAUAUAUAAUAAGGUUUCUGAUAUAAAGCAAGAAAACGCAGUUGCAAAAUAUGUUAGAGCUUAUGUUCUUCAGGUGCCUCUUUCAAAAUUUCCACCAAUAAUUGUAGCAUUAAUUCCAACUGGAAGUGAUGAUAGUAAAAAAAUUUUUGCACUUCAUAAAAAGCUUAUAGACAUUGCAGCAGAUCUGGAAAUACACAUAAUAUCUAUUGGAUCAGAUGGCGCUGCUGCUGAAUUUCAGGCACAGAAUCUUUUACAAGCAACUGAGACAAAAUAUCGG